AUGCUCCUCCUCGUCCUCCUCCUUGCGAGGCAGCCGGGGCGCUGCUUCUCUCCCCGGAUCCAACGCCGUCUCGUCCACGCCGCGGCCCCGCCCCGCGAGGGGAGGCUGCUCCAACCCCGCGUCCGCGCCGCGGCGGGCGACGGUGGUGCGCGCGACGUGUUCGACGACGUGCCUGCCCCGGACGGCGACCACAGGCUGUGCGGCGCGCUGCUCAGGGCGAGCGCGGCAGGCGGGGACCACUAUGGGUGCGCCUCCCUCCUCCGGUAUAUGCUUGGCCGGGGGCUCCGCCCGGACGGCCUCGCGCUCGCCGCGGCCGUCAAGUCGGCGUCCGCGCUCCCCGGCGGCGGCGGAGGGGCGGCGCUCGGGAGGUGCCUCCACGGUCUCGCCGUCAGGACCGGGCACGCGGGUGGCGCCGCGGUGGCGAAGGCGGUCAUGGACAUGUACGGGAGGAUCGGGGCUCUCGCGGACGCCCGCCUGGUGUUUGAUGAGAUGAGCUGCUCCGAUGCGGUAUGUUGGAACAUCCUGAUCACUGGCUCCUCCCGCGCUGGGCUUUUUAACGAUGUGUUCCAUUUGUUCCGAACGAUGCUUGCAAGUGGUGUAGACGAGAGCAUGCCAACUGCGGUCACGGUGGCUGUCGUCCUUCCGGUGUGUGCAAAGUUGAGGGUGCUGAGGACUGGACGGAGUAUACACGGCUAUGUCAUCAAGACUGGGUUGAACUUUGACACUCCGUGUGGGAAUGCGUUGAUAUCGAUGUACUCAAAAUGUGGUGGGAGCAGAGCUAUGGACGAUGCACAUAUAGCAUUUUCUACAAUUUGCUGUAAGGAUGUUGUUUCAUGGAACUCGAUCAUUGCGGGAUACUCCGAGAAUGGGUUGUAUGAAGAAGCAUUUGCACUGUUUGGUCAGAUGAUAUCAGACGGAUGCCUUCCAAACUAUUCAACAUUGGCUAAUGUUCUUCCCUUCUGUUCACUCGUGGAGUACGGGAAGCACUACGGGAAAGAAGUUCAUGGUUUUGCGGUCCGACAUGGUUUAGAAAUGGACAUAUCUGUUAGAAAUGCACUGAUGGCACAUUAUUCCAAGGUUUGUGAAAUGAGGGCUGUAGAAUCAAUAUUUAGAAGUUCGAAAACAAGAGAUAUUGUUACAUGGAACACUAUAAUUGCGGGACAUGUAAUGAAUGGGUAUCCCUCAAGGGCGCUGGAACUAUUUCGAAAGUUUUUGUUUACCGGAAUGACUCCUGAUCCUGUUUCUCUUAUCAGCCUACUUACUGCUUGUGCCCAAAUAGGCAAUGUCAAAGUGGGCAUGAGGGUUCAUGGCUAUAUUUUUCGACAUGUUGAGCUUCUUCAAGAAACAUCCUUAAUGAAUGCUCUUGUCAGCUUUUACAGUCAGUGUGAUAGGUUUGAUGCUGCUUUUCGAGCUUUUAUCACUAUUCAAAACAAAGACUCAAUAUCCUGGAACGCAAUUCUCUCUGCUUGUGCAACCAGUGAACAGCAUAUUGAACAGUUCUUCAGACUGAUUGGUGAAAUGUGGCAUGAUGUAACUCAGUGGGACUCUGUCACAAUCUUGAAUGUUAUCCGUGUCAGUACGUUUUGUGGGAUUAAGAUGGUUCAAGAAGCUCAUGGCUAUUCCUUGCGAGUUGGUUAUACCGGCGAAACUUCAGUUGCAAAUGCUAUUCUGGAUGCAUAUGCAAAAUGUGGCUGCCCACAUGAUGCAGAAACACUCUUCAGAAACCUUGCAGUGCGGAACAUUGUAACAGACAAUACAAUGAUUUCGUGCUACCUAAAAAAUAACUGUGUGGAGGAUGCUGAGAUGACCUUCAGCCAGAUGGCUGAGAAAGAUGUAACUACAUGGAAUCUGAUGAUCCGGUUGUAUGCUCAGAACGAUAUGUGUGAUCAAGCUUUUAGCCUGUUCCAUCAGUUGCAGUCUGAAGGACUGAACCCUGAUACUAUAAGCAUUACAAAUAUUCUUCUGGCUUGCAUCCACUUGAGUUCAGAACAACUUGUGAAACAAUGCCAUGGUUACAUGCUCAGAGCAUCUCUAGAAGACAUUCAUCUACAAGGAGCACUUCUUGAUGCAUACUCGAAAUGUGGGAACAUAACCAGUGCAUACAACUUCUUUCAAGUUAGCCUGCAUAAGGAUCUUGUCAUAUUCACAGCCAUGAUAGGAGCUUAUGCAAUGCAUGGAAUGGCAGACAAGGCGGUAGAACUGUUCUCCAAAAUGCUUACAGUUGGCAUUAAGCCAGAUCAUGUAGUUCUGACCGCUCUACUGUCUGCCUGCAGUCAUGCAGGGCUUGUAGAUGCUGGAAUUAAGAUUUUCAAGUCCAUAAGAGAAAUCUACGGAGUUGAACCAACGGAAGAGCACUGUGCAUGCAUGGUUGACCUUCUUGCCCGAGGUGGACGUCUCCAAGAUGCAUACAGUUUUGCGUUGGAUAUGCCCUCUCAUGUAGUCAAUGCCAAUGCUUGGGGCUCCUUGCUAGGAGCGUGCAAGAUCCAUGGAGAGGUAAAAAUUGGUCAACUUGCAGCCGAUCACUUGUUCUCUAUGGACACUGAGGACAUCGGGAACUAUGUGAUCAUGUCAAACAUCUUUGCAGCUGAUGAUAAAUGGGACAAUGUUGAGCAUGUCAGAAAGCUGAUGAAAUCCAAGGAUUUGAAAAAACCUGCUGGGUGCAGCUGGAUUGAGGUUGACAAGUCACGGCAUUUGUUCAUAGCCGGUGAUGUCCAGCACCAAGAUAGGUCUUCUAUCUACAAUGUGUUAGGAAGUUUGUAUCAGCAAAUCAGAAGUACAGGGACAAAACAUUUAGUUACGACUUAUGAGCUGUGACGUAAACCAGUAAUUAAAUUCCAUGGUGCCGGCCUCGUCAUUGUUUUGCACACAUCUUCCCUGGGGUUGCCAAAGAUCCCCAUGGAACUGAGUGGCCUUACCAUCACAUCUUUCGUGGUGAGCUUGCAUUCUCAUCGUUCCGAUUGAUUCUCUUUGAACCUUCUUAUCACUAUGUUGUCCUUGUUUUGUCGUAACACUUUUAUUUCAGAUGCUUUGCGCAAUAAUAUGGAACUACUGAUGUUUCUGUUCUCUGAAUAUUUAUCCAACAUAUAACU